AUGGAUUCUUAUUGCACCCCCUGCGACGAAAUAUGUUACUCCUCCGUAAAUUCUUCUGAUACGUCUUUCGGGACUUUCUCAUAUGCAUACGAUAGCUUCGACUACUGUCCGUAUCCUCCCUCUCAGUAUGUACGACAAGAGCCACAGCCGGAAGGUCCUCCGCAGCUCCCCCUCCAUGCGUCAAUACCCAUCUCCGGAUAUUCCACUCUGAUCCUCCCCAACAUUUCGCCCAGCACUCCGCCCACACAGGUCGGCAGCACCUCGCCCACCACCUCGCUAAACGACCCGCUGCCUCCGUUGCGAGGCUCGUCAUCCGACACGAAUCCGCUCGACAAUUACGCGAAUGCGCCUCAGGUCACAUUCCCGACCCCUGCUCAGCUUCUUGCAUACCUCCCUGCACGCAGUCUAAAUGGAACUGGCUUGUCUGACCUUCGGCCCCCUGUGCGCAUGGAGACCGUGCUGACAACGGAGAAGACGAAGUCGGGCAGGAAGCACACUGAGACGCGACGCAAGGCAUACUUCCGCGCCGUCGCGGAUGGCAUCGGUUUUCAGGUGACCGAUCCAGACAACAUUACUCAACAUGCCAAGAGGCGGAGCUAUCUGGAGUGUCUCGAACAGUAUGUGCCGUGGCUUCGUGAGCGGAUCCGGCACGCAGGGCGCGAGCCUGUCGAGUUCGAGUGCAUCUCAUUGUAUCGCGGACUCGACAGCGUAUCCUUCCGCACGCUCCUCGUUCAUAUGCAAGACGAGGUCCGGAAACUUCACCUGCAGACGCUGGAGGAUGAACGCACUUUUAUUAACCUCCAGAACCAAGUAGCGCGCCAGUCCGCAGCUUGA